AUGCACGUCAAGUUGAUAAAAAGCAUUCUUACAACAAUUCUCAAUCUGACAUUGAUUUGCAGAAGUUUGACAGCUGAUGAUCCACCACACAUUAGUCUUUAUGGUCAUCUUUUGGAUCAACCAGACGUAGGCACAUCAGAGGGAACGUCGCGAGGUAGUCAUCCACCAAUGAAAAUCAGUACAGCGAGAAUGAAACCCGUUACAUCACCUGGAAGUCCAAGAUUGCAAGCUGCGAAGGCACAAAUACUUGCUGGACCGAACAAAGUCUUCAAGGGAAUUUCGCAUAUCGCUGUUUCAUCGAUUGGUGAUACACAACAUUUGUAUCCCAAGGUUUCUGUUAGACCAGGAAGAAAGGAUAGCACAGUCCUUAGCCUUUUUCGUCAUCCACAUGUUUAUCCUGAAGGAGCAAAGCCGUAUGAGUAUAUGCAACAUCAAAAUUUGGAUUUAGUUGGCGAUGUCCAUCAACGGGCAAUGAUCUAUAAAGUUGGGUAUCGUAAGAUUGAUGAUCCCGAUUCGGAAGAUAUUCACCAUUCAAGAACGAUCCAACAACAUAUGGCAAGCAACCAGUAUCAUCCAAAAGCUGCUUUGGUAAGCACUGUACCGGGUGAUCCUCGAGCAAGACGAAAAGGUCCGAAAAUUGAUAUUGACCCAGGCAGAUUAUCGGGACAAAUAUUGACGCAAGUGUACGGGCCUGCUUCACCUCCAAAACACGGCAACCCUACUCAUGAAUAUCAAGGUCAACCGCAAGGAAGUGGUGGUGCUGGUAGGGCACAUAGUCCAUCUCAUGAUGCAGCCAGAUUUCGUUCUACCUCUCCUGGUGGAUCAAUCAAUCCGGAUAAUCCAAUCAGUAUCAAUGCUCCUCUACUUAAUCAAAGCCAGGAGAGCGCACCAGGAGGAGCUUCAUCAUCAUCUCACGGUAGUCAGCAUUUGAGAUUUAGUACCGGAAGAAUGAAGCCAGUCACAUCGAUAGGAAGCCCAAGAGUUGCGGAUGCGGCUAUAGAAAGGACCUUUGGUCUUUCGCUUAAGAUUACCGAUGAGGAACUCGAAAAGGCCAAAGGUACAGGACAUGCAUCACCGCAUGCUCCUUCUACAUCAUCUCAAGAGCCUUCAGUGUUCAAAACUCAUCGAAUGGUAGCCUCAACGGGACCCUCAAGUCCAAGAUUACGGGAGAAUUUCAAAAAGAUACGGAAUGAUAAUACUGCAUCAGUUAAAGGUAUAUCAUUGACUGGAGUGCUGAAAGAUAAGAAGUCCGCAUUUCUCUAUCCCAAAGUGACAAAGAUUGCUGGAAAAGAAAGAGCAUACGUUUUAAAUUUGUUUCAUAGCCCAAUUCAAGAAAAGGGAAUCAAGCCAAAUAUGCAUAUGCACUUCAGGCAACAAGAUCAUCCAGCCGAUCUAGCACAAAGAGCAAGCUUUUAUCAAAUUGGCCACAUCAAAGACCGUAUAAGAAACAAUAUACACGUAAAAAGAGUCAAUGAACAGAUCGGAGAGAUGAAAAAGGACGUCUUUUCUCCCAAAGCCGCAAUGAUACACGACAUGCCUGCAAAUCCUCAUGCGCAUCAAAAGCUUCCUUCUAUUGCCGUAGAUGGGGGUAAGUUUGAUGGUAAUUUGAUUUCGUUGGUCUUGGGUGCACCAUCGCCAAAAGGUAGUAAGCGGAAAUCUGCAGAACCUGGUGAACAUGCUGCAAGCAGUCAUCAAGUACAGCCUGAUGGAACUAUUGAUAUGCUUAACCGGGUUGAUGCCAUUCGUUGUUUGACGUCGAAUCAUCCGAAUGAAAAUCAGUCUCAUCAAACAGGCACUACAGGUCGACCAACUUUGUCGGUCGAUACUAGUCGAAUGACACCUACUACAGGCUUACGUAGCCCUAGAUCAAAACAAUCGUUUGAUCGUAUCAUGCACCAGGAAGGUCAAACAUUUCAUUCUUCUGCCUACAACGGCGUUCUUGCUGAUCGCACAUCCAAGUAUUUAUAUCCAAAAGUCAGCGUUGAAGCGGGCAGAAAGUCAACCAAUGUAGUCACCAUGUUUCAAGCUUCUGGUAAUGUAGGCAAUCAUGUCAAGCCGCAUUUUUAUAGGCCCUAUCAAAGAUCUGAAAAUCCAAAAGAUAUUCAACAACCAGCAAGUCUUUAUCGUAUAGGUACAGUCAAAAAUAACGAUCAUGAUGCAAAGGCUAUUUUAACUCAACUUAGAAGUAUGCAUGCCGAAGCUAGAAAACCCAAAGCGGUGUCAUUCAUCAAAUCCCCGGCAAAUAAAGACGCUUUGCAUAAGAAUCCAAUCGUCCGUAUAGACCCUGGUACUUUACAUGGUAAUAUGGUUACCAUGGUAUAUGCUUCAGACUCUCGCAAACAAGAGAAAAGUUGGUUAAAGCUAGGCCUGCCUCACGGAGAGCAUUCACAAGGUGGUCUUCAUGCUACAGCAUCAAGACAACCAGUCACACCUGAGCAACAAGCCUCAAGUGGAUCUUCACGCCCACGAAAGACCACAUUGAAUUUGUUUCCUAGCGCAGAUGAGCAUCGAUCCAGUCGUACUAGUCAAAAUGGACCAGCAAAGAAGAGCAAGAAUGCUUGA